GCGUCGCUGGUUGUAGGUCUCGGCUAUUCUGCUCAAAAUAGCGUCGUUGGUCAUGUUUCCAGUGGACCAACUAUUGGCUCACUGUAUUUACAAUGGCGAGAUGGAUAAGAAAACAGAAACCUGUGCAAUUCGUGUGAGAUAUCACAAUAUAUAUUUUAUGUUCGACGUACCCAUUUAUUGGCGAUUUCUCGUCGCUAUGUACAUCUUUCGCCAAUGCACGAUGAGCUUUCGCAAAAUGGUGAACACGAUAUGAACGCCGACAGACCAGUCAGCUGUCAGGAGCAGAGGUCACGUAGUGGCAACAGAAAAGCAAAAAGCAAAAAAAGGAGAAAGCAUGUUUGUGCGCCAGAAGUCAAAGCAAUUGGGUAAUUACCAGUCUUACACCGCAUGAAUCCCGGUGUUUACCGGAAGUUAUAUAUAUUUUCCAAUUUACAAGAUGUCGAACACCGGGUCGCACGUGCUGGUGAGACUCUUCACAAAACAAUCUCAGUAUUCAGUUCCCGAUGCUCCAUUCUCUGUCCCCAGUAAAAUCACUGUCAAAGAACUGAACAGUCUUGUCAAUGGAUUGCUAAAAGAAGCCCUCACUGACACACCAAAGCUGGUUGACUUUGAUUUCCUUAUCAAAGGAGAAUUCCUUCACACAACUCUUCUUGAGCACCUCGUUCAAAGCAAUAUCUCCACAGAAGAUGUUAUUGAAGUAGAAUACCUCGAGAGACACCCAGCACCCCAGCCUGAAGAUUCCCUUGUCCAUGAUGACUGGGUCAGCUGUAUCCAUGGAGGGAAACAAUAUAUAUUAUCAGGUUGCUAUGACAACACUAUUCAUAUUUGGAACAAAGAGGGUGUCAACUUAAAGACAAUAUCUGGACACACAGCACCGGUUUUGUGUGUGUCUUGGAUAAAACAUGACGAAAGUCCUGUCUGUGAAUUUGUCACUGGAUCCCAUGACCAAACACUGCUACUGUGGCAGUGGAAUCCCAAAACCAAAGAAGUGAAAUGCAAUUAUGUGUGUCGUGGUCAUUCGGCCAGUGUGGAUUGUGUGGCAGUGGACCACACCAAAACAAGGAUCUGCAGUGGUUCCUGGGACAAUAUGCUGAAAAUCUGGUCUACAGUAAAGGUGGGCAACAAGAGUGAUAUUUGGCAAUGUAAAAUCUGCCUUGAGGAAUUUUGUCUCAUCUCUAAGAAGAAAAUCUGUGGUUAUAAAGCAGAGUUAAGAGUUCCCCUGCUAACACUGGCUGGUCACUCAGAGGGAAUAUCAUCCCUAUGUUGGGUGGACCGUAAUCAAAUCUGUACUGCAUCCUGGGACCACACAAUGAAGAUUUGGGAUCUGGAAAAAGCUGAAUGUUUAACUACAAUGCAAGGAUCAAAAGUUUUCCUCGACCUUGCUUAUUCUCCUCUGAACCAAUUGAUUAUCACAGGAUCUGCUGAUCGACACAUUCGUCUCUGGGACCAUAGAACAAAUGAGGGUGCAAUAGUCAAGAACAGUUUCUCUUCCCAUCGAGGGUGGGUGUCCAGUGUAUGCUGGUCACCCAACAGUGAAAACCACUUCAUCUCAGGUUCAUAUGACAUGCUAUUAAAACUGUGGGACGUACGAAGUCCAAAAGCUCCACUGUAUAACAUGACAGGUCAUGAGGAAAAGAUUCUUGCAGUGGACUGGUCGAUUCCUGAACUUAUGUUAUCUGGUGGUGCUGACAAACACAUGAAGAUAUUUCACCACACUAAUGCCAAAGAAUUCAUUGCUUCAUAAUAUUUUAUUAAAGAAUUAAAAGAAAAA